AUGUCAACUACAUCAAAGGAUAAUUUAACAGAAAUAAUAAAUCAGAAAAAUGGCGUUAUUGAAGAUAAUGGUAUUCUUCGUGGGCAAGGCCGUCAAAAUAUUGGCGCACUCCUUACCCCUAUAUAUUUCUUUGUAGGAAUACCUAUUGGUAUACUUGCAGCUUUUAAAUUAGGAUAUGGAUUACGAGGUCUUUGGAUUGGAGAGAUGACAUGUUCAUUUAUAGUUUGCAUUAUUCUUAUUAUUAUGUGUAGAACUGAUUGGCAACGACAACUGGAGAAAUGUAAAAGACGAAUGAAAGAAGACAAGGAUAGAUUUGAAUCUAUAAUUAGCAAUGGCCCUAAUUUUUAA